GCCAUUGGUUUACUCUUCUUCUCCAUGGCUAUUUUGAGUGUUCUCUCUCUAUACUUUCCUUCUUUCUCUACCAUCCCAUUCUCCCUCUCCUUAGUCGUUCCUCUUCCUUUAGUGAUACUAAAGCCUACCUCACUAUACAAUAUACACUCAUUCUUCUGGCUCCUCCAUUUACCCGAAGAUAAUGCAGCAACAGUAGCAGUAGCAGCACCAAUAAUAGAGAAAUGCGAGUAUCCACCGCAAACCACCCGAGAAGGGCGUACUUGUCGACGUACACAUCGCCGUAAAAACAGUGAAAAUGACGGAAAACAAACUAUCGGACGGUAGAGAAGAUUGGAGGGAAGGACGGUUUCUUUCAUCUCCAUUGAAGUGGCUUCUGAUUUCUAUCUAUCUUCCAUUGAAACAACUUUCUGAGGUUGAAUUUAUUUGUCAAAAUGGCCAGGGCUGCUUGUUUUCACUUCAGAGUUUUCUCCGAUCCUCCAUUGAAGGAACUUCUGAGCUUUCCCCUCCAUUGAAGCAGCUUGCGAGACUGCUUCUAAGGUUGUUUCUGCUUUAUGCUCUGGUGGGUCUGAUGCUUCUCCCUCCUUUGACCCUUCUAAAGUUAAGGUAUAUUUUUUUUGAUGAUAUUUUUGACUUUGUUGUUGUUGUUGUUGUUGUUGUUGUUUGGGUGAUUAAAUUGGUGAAUUGAAUUACCCUUAUAAAGUUAAGGUAAAUUUUUUUGUAUGAUCCUUUUUGACAUUUGUUGUUGUUUGGGUGAUUAAAUUGGUGAAUUGAAUUACCCUUUUAAAGUUAAGGUAUGAUGAUCUUUUUGACUUUUGUUAUUGUUUGGGUAAUUUAAUCGAACGUUUUUCCAAUUUGAGCUCUAAACGUAAACUAAUGACAAAAAUGGUUGCGUGGCAAAACUAUUUACCAAACUAAGCUUCCAGGGUAAAUCGCUGUCUCGGACAGCGUUUUAC